AAGCUGACACGGCUAGACAAGUAGAAUGAAUCCAAACGACCCAGACGUGUCUCUUGUCGAUGGGAUUCGAAAAGGGACAUACAUUGUCCAUGGUCGUGAUGGCCACAGCUACCAUUACAAUAGGACUAUGAAAGGAGGCAGACUCAGCCUCGAGUGCAUUAACUACAGGAAAAGGUGCAGGGGGCGAGCGAGUGUUGAUGCUCGAGGGCAACACUUUCGGCAAACCCAGAGGCACAAUCACGCCCCCAAUUGGAAUCUUCUGCAUGAAAGAAGGCUACGAGCAGCUAUCAUGGACAGGUGUCGGAGCGGCGAUGAUAAAUGUUUGCACACUAUAUACGACGAGGAGAGGUUAAAGUUGAGAACUCCAAGGGCAGCUGCUGCAAACAUUCCCUUCCCAAAACUGCUGCCAUCCAUGCAAAGAGCUCGUAACUCCAAGCUUCCACCUCUCCCACACACUCUGACUGAGUUAGAUUUGCUCUUAAGAGAUCCUCGGUACAGUUUUCUUACAAAAACUUUGGAUGGCGAAGACUGUAUAUAUGCUGGGGCUUAUGGUUUAUCUGCAAAUCGAACUCGAUGCCUAAUAUUCAUUUCGAAAAGAAUGUUAUUGUAUUUAAGAACAAGGAAAUUGUUAUUGUGUGAUGGAACAUUUCACAUUGUUCCAAACAAUCUGGGCUGUAGCCAAAUAUGGAACCUGGUGACAAUACGGCGACAUCAUGUCAUACCAAUUGGAAGCAUCUUCAUGCAAUCACAACUGACAGAGUGUUAUAGAGCUGCCAUAACGGCCAUUAAACUGCUGCUUCCGGGCUACGAGCCGAAGGAAAUAAUGUGUGAUUUUGAAAACAGCCAACAGAAAGCAUUAUCCAUAGAAUUCCCUAUCGCGCAGAGACGUGGAUGUCAUUUCCACUUUACAAAGGCAAAUCUUCUGCACGCAAAAGAGAUGGGUCUUGCGGUUCUCAUCCAGGAUGAUGGGGUUUGCGAUAGCAUUAUGAGAUGUUUGUGUGCUAUCCCUCUCCUACAUGCUGAUUUUAUCAUAGACGGUGUCCUGGAGAUGGCGGAAUACACCCAAAGAUCUGGGCGGUGGAACCAGUUAGGUCCAUUUUUUGAUUACAUUGAAAGAACUUGGUUACGACCAUCACGCCUCCCAAUCCUAUCUGUAUACAAGUGCGAGCACCGAACUUCAAAUGCUUGUGAAUCCUAUCACCACGCAUUGAAUGUUGCUAUGGGUCAGCUGGCCCACCCAAAUGUCUACAAAGUACUGUCUGCUUUGGUUCGUCUUGAAGAUCGAUAUGUUCAAGAUUUGGUGGUACUGAAAAGUGGAAGGCAAUCCACCCGGAACAGAAAAAUGUCCUCUAUUUGCAAUGAUGAGAUUAUAAAAGGACUAACAGCAGAGUUGGAGGAAGAAGAAAUAAGCAUCCAUUCGUUCCUUCGGAAGGCAUCAAGGCGGCUGCAGUCUCUCUACAAUGAGGUGCUGGGACUGGUGUUGGCACCCCACCCUGUUGGCUGAUCCCACUUUGGUGAAAAUCCACAAAGAGAAGCUUGUACUGAGAAUAUAAGCCCCUUCAUAUUUUGUAUUAUUUAAAAUCAUUGCUGUGUAAAAAGAUUGGGUCAGUAUCUCAGAGGUGACAAUUGCAACAAAAAAAAAUAGGAGUAAUAAAAAUUGUACAAAAUGUAUUGAUUACACUAUUAUGAUACCUACUAAAUAGAACACAUUACAAAGAACAAAAGCGCUUUGAAAAGACACAAUCAAAAAGUUAUUGCUCAAUGAGAGCUAAAGAGAACUAAAAAAGUUAUGAGUGAGAAAAAUAAGUACAGGUUGUACUAAAAGAGGACAAAAGACAGAGUUGCUGCCACUAAUUAACAGGUAAAAGCCACAAUUGAAAAAUAAUUUCUCCAUAAGAGAAUGCAAAAAAGAAAAAAAAAACAGUUAGAAGGGGUCACGUCAUG